GAAAGUUUGUUAUGGAUCAGAGUGAGCGCAACAGGACCCGUUGGCAACAGAAUCAGUUGAGUUUCCAGAGUUGCAGUAAGUAGAAACAGUUCUGCGUUGUUGUGCAAUAAUUCGUGCUGGUAAUAAUUGUGAUAAGAUACGAAGGCGUAGAAAGGAUAAAAGAUGCCAGAAUAUAAGUACCUUUCUGGGUUCGGAUCCCACUUUGAGUCGGAGGAUUCCCGCUGUCCGAACGCCUUACCCGUAGGCCAGAACUCACCCCAAAAGUGUGUCUACGGUUUGUAUGCAGAACAGCUGUCUGGCAGUGCUUUUACCGCGCCUCGAACGGAGAAUACACGCAGCUGGUUGUACAGGAUCCGGCCAUCGGUCGUUCAUCAACCCUUCCAACGGUACGAUGUAGCUCCAUGCUUGAGGGCAACUUGGGAUGAGCAACAUCCCAAUCCGAAUCAGAUGCGUUGGAACCCAUUUGAUGUUCCCCAAAACAACAACAAAAAGGUAGACUUUGUCGCCGGGCUGCAUACUGUCUGUGGUGCCGGGGACACUAGGUCUCGUCAUGGGCUGGCGAUUCACGUGUUCCUGUGCAACAGUUCGAUGGAAAAUAAGGCAUUCUACAACAGCGAUGGUGACUUUUUGAUCGUUCCCCAACAAGGACCAUUGGAUAUAACAACCGAAUUUGGCAAAAUGUAUGUCUGUCCUAACGAAAUAUGCGUAAUUCCUCAAGGUAUUAGAUUCAGUGUGGCCGUUGAAGGGCCAACGCGGGGCUACAUCCUCGAGGUAUACGAUGGUCAUUUCAAGUUGCCCGACUUGGGACCCAUCGGAGCCAAUGGACUAGCUAAUCCUCGAGAUUUCCUCACCCCAACCGCCUGGUUCGAGGAUCGCUCUGUGCAGGGAUUCAAAAUCAUUUCCAAAUAUCAGGGCGCUUUGUUCGUUGCCAGCCAGAAUCACUCGCCGUUCGAUGUUGCAGCCUGGCAUGGCAAUUACGUACCGUACAAGUAUGAUUUGGCGAGAUUCAUGGUGAUCAAUUCGGUCAGCUUCGAUCACUGUGAUCCGAGCAUUUUUACAGUACUGACGUGUCCCAGCUUGAGAUAUGGAACCGCCAUAGCCGAUUUUGUCAUCUUCCCUCCGAGAUGGUCGGUACAGGAGCACACAUUCAGACCGCCGUACUAUCACCGCAACUGCAUGAGCGAGUUCAUGGGUCUCAUCGCUGGUCGCUACGAAGCAAAGGAAGGUGGCUUCCUACCCGGUGGCGCUUCGCUCCACUCGAUCAUGACUCCCCAUGGACCGGACCGACAGUGCUUCGAGGGUGCUUCCAAUGCUGAUUUGAAACCGGAGCGUAUCGCCGACGGAACACAAGCGUUUAUGUUUGAAUCGUCGCUCAGCAUGGCCGUCACCAAGUGGGGCGAAGAAACCUGUCAGAAACUGGAUGCGAAGUAUUACGAAUGCUGGCAGGCAUUGGAGAAGAAGUUUAAAAUUUGAAAAGGUAUGUUAUCAUUUCUUUGGAUGGAAUCAGGGAUAUUUCGGUGCAAUAAAUAAACUUUCCAUGGUAGCCUUUUCAUUAGGACAAAAACCGAAUUAAAUUCUCUGUCUCUCACAGUUGUUUUGAAGCAAAUUUAUAAAAUUUAUCUUUAUGGUAUCUCUAGAUUCGCUGUUAAUACUUAGAUUUACACAAUUUUGUGGCGUAUUUCGCUUUCUCUCUUUAAAAUUAUAUUAUUUUGUUUUUUUUUAUCAUUUAAGGAAUACACUUUCGCGGUUUGCUUGUAGUAUAGUGUGUUUCACAUGUUCUUUUACCCAAUCGACUAUACUCGUAUAUCCAAAAUGGGUCAGUUUAAUCUGUUAAUCGUAUGUAAGUUCGAAUCGCUUUCUCUUUCGUCCAGGUUCAAUUUACUUAGCUUCGUGGUGUCAGUAAUCACACAACUUAUCUGUUGUUUUUUUUCUCAUAUAUAUUUGCACUAUAGCGACUAUAUUACACCUAGAAAUAGUUUUGUGGAAAAAUAAAGCCUUUGUUUCGUG